CCGGCUCGCUGCGCUGAUCACGCAACAUUUGCCUCCUUGCGUAACCUCAUAAUGGCACACGAUAAUGCCUCUACGGAAAGCCUGGGGAAUUUGUCGGGGAAGGUGGCUCUGAUCACAGGGGCUAGCUCCGGGAUAGGAGCAGCCACAGCUGUAUUGUUCUCACGUCUUGGGGCACAACUGGCUCUCACGGGGCGUAACGAAGACAACCUGAAGAAGGUGGCUUCAGAAUGUGAACAAAGAGGUUCUAAGCCAUUUUUGUUUGUUGGUGAUUUGGUCAAAGAAGAGGACACCAAGGCACUUAUGGAACAGACAAUCAAACAAUUCGGGAAACUAAAUAUUCUGGUGAACUGCGCUGGGAUUGUCGAACUGGGCACAAUAGAGAACACCUCCCUGGAGCAGUUUGAUCACAUGUUUAACAUCAAUGUCAGAGCAGUGUAUCAUUUGACAAUGUUAGCAGUACCCUAUUUGAUAGAGACUAAAGGCAGCAUUGUUAACGUCUCCAGCGUAACUGGACUUAGAUCUUUUCCUGGAGUAUUGUCAUACUGUAUGUCCAAGAGUGCUGUGGACCAGUUCACUCGCUGCACAGCUCUAGAACUGGCCUCAAAACAAGUACGAGUAAAUAGUGUGAAUCCUGGAGUCGUGAUCACAGAGAUACAUAAGAGGGGAGGGUUAAGUGAUGAGGCAUAUGCCAAGUUUCUGGAGCAUUCCAAAGAGACACAUGCCUUGGGUCGACCCGGGCAGCCUGGUGAGGUAGCCCGUACUAUUGCCUUCCUGGCCUCAGACGAUGCUUCCUUCAUCACCGGGGCAUGUUUACCAGUGGAUGGAGGCAGACAUGCUAUGUGUCCACGAUGAACACAACAAUAGCUCACAGGGUGCCCAAAUGGCACUGCAAUGAACAUUUAUUUUUGCGGAUUUUUAUGAAGGACUGUAAAGGUUAACUUGUCAAUCGAACCAAAAUUUGAGGCAGUUGUGUAAUUUGAAAGGUGGGAGAUUUGACUAUUUUAUGCUUGUCAUGUU